AACUCUCCUUCCUUUUCUCCCCUCUCAACAAGCGAUCGAUCCCGUUUUGGGAAUCCGCGGUGGGUGAUGGUCUUUUUCUCUCUCCCGAUCACGUUCUCCUCACCAGAAACGAAUCCCCUAAGCGAUCCCGAUCCUCGCAGCUCCGAUUCUGCCGAGAAGUUCUUCCUUGAUGCUUUGUUGUUAGCUUGGCUGCUGUUGAUCUGGUAGUUGGCGUGAGAGAGAUGUUCGUGAGCAGGCCGGCGGUGCAACCCGUGGAGGCGCCGUCUCCCGUAAAUGCCGCCGAGAACCCGCCGAGGUUGAGGAUGAAGGAUAUCCAGGGCAUGCCGGGGACGGCCGGCGGCCUCGCCCUGCGCCUCUCUCAGUUUGGGUUAGCGGUCGCUGCGCUUGGCGUCAUGGAAUCCACCAGCAAUUUCGGAUUCGUCACUGUCUUCUGCUAUCUGAUUGCAGCAGCCAUCACGCAGAGCUUGUGGAGUAUCUCAUUAGCUUUUCUGGAUAUAUAUGCUCUUCUAGUCAAACGCUGCUUGCGGAAUCCCCGAGCUCUGUGUAUAUUUACCAUUGGGGAUGGGAUCAUAUCCACACUGACAUUUUCAGCUGCUUGUGCAUCUGCCGGCAUUACAAUUCUGCUUCGUGGUAAUGGCAGCAUAUGCUCACAUGAGCACUGCACAAGCUUUGAGACUGCCAUCGCCAUAGCCUUCAUCAGUUGGUUUGUAAUCUGCCCAUCGUUUCUCUUGAACUUUUGGCAAUUGGCAUCAAGUUGAAUAUAAGAAUUCACUGUUCAUAGUCGCCUAUUUCGCCCCAACAGUCAAAAGUUCCCAUUUCUGUCAUUUUUAUAGUAUGACGACAAGAGAGUGAAUUAUGCAAGGCAUCAGAUUGAAUAUAGAUAGUUUCAUGUUCUUCAUUCUCUCCAUCUGUUGUUGAUUGGAAAUUAGCCCCUUUUUUUUGUUCCUCUUAAUCAUGCAGUAUACGAUUUCUUGCUAUGCGUUUAGCAAAUGAUGAGAUCUGCAUCCAUUCAUACAUUCCGACGUUUCCAUCUGAGAAACGUACACCGAGCGCAGUCAAAGAGACGAGCUUGUUGAAAGUUAACGUGUUGGAUCAUCUUAACCCUCUACUUUUAUUUAGAUGCAAAUGAAGAUUUCAACUGUCGAGCCAGGCUUCAAGCAUCAGACAUUGACAGAAGAAUGGCUAGGACGAGGCCGAGGUGCUCGAAAUCCUCCCUUGAUCUGCUACCUCUCUUCUUCUUGCGGUUGAUCUUCUUCUGCCAUGCCCAGCAGCAGUCGUACACGGGCAACGAGCUGUUGAACUGCUUCGGCGCCGAUGACUCCUCCAAUCUGGGCUAUUCCUGCCAUGGCGGCACGCAUCACUCCUGCGCCUCCUACCUCACCUUCCGAUCCCAGGACGCCUACCAGACCCCGCAAGAGAUUGCAGACCUGCUCGGCGCCGAUGCCGCCAGCGUCGCCGCCAUCAACGGCAUCGAAGACACGACCUCGGCCGUUCCCCAGGGCGAGCUGGUCCUCGUGCCCACCACCUGCUCGUGCUCUGGCUUAUACUACCAGCACAACGUCUCCUACACCGUGAAACCCGGUGACACCUACUUUACCGUCGGCAACAACACGUACCAGGGACUUUCCACCUGCCGGGCGCUCAUCGCCCAGAAUCCCUACGACCCCGUCAACAUCUCCAUCGGCGUCAGGUUUGUAAUCCCCCUCCGGUGCGCGUGCCCCACCGAGGACCAGGUUGCCGGCGGCAUCAAGUACCUGCUCACGUAUCUAGUCACUUGGGGCGACGAUCUCUCCUCGAUCGCCGGCCGGUUUCAUUCCGAGUUAUUGUUCCUGUUGAUGUAUCCCAACAACCUGACGGCCAACGCUACCCUCUACCCCUUCACGACUCUGUUGGUGCCCCUCGGAGAAGAGCCUACCAGGGUCUCCGAACCUGCCGCAUCGCCGCCGCCGCCGCUAGCUGAGGCAAGUGCUACAAUAACUAAUACUAAUCUCCGAAUCAAGUUGUCUAUCCGAUUCUUUGAUGUCUAAUAAUAUGCAUAGUGAGGGGGGGGGGUAUUCGACGUGUAUUGUGCAAGCUAUAUAAGCUCCUUGUGGAUCUGAUUGAUGAAAAGGUUUCUUUGAAGUAGUAGCAUCUUAUGAA